CGGGCUGGGCCACAGCAGAGCUGGGAGAGCUGAGCCCCGGCUCGCACCUACGCGCCGGCUCGGUCUCCCCCUGCACCAGCCGUGACCCCCGGCCACCCGCUCAGCAAUGAGGGUCCUGAGUGUGCGCUGUCGGGUGCUGCUGGCGUGCCUCGUCUUGGUCCUGCCAGCCUCGGCGACAAACUUUUUAUCAAAAGAACGUGCUUCACAAAUCCUGACAAGGAAGCGCCGUGCAAAUGCCUUGCUUGAAGAAACUAAAAAGGGCAAUCUAGAAAGAGAAUGCAUUGAAGAACUCUGCAAUAAAGAGGAAGCCAGGGAGGUCUUUGAAAACAAUCCAGAAACGGAUUAUUUUUAUCCAAGAUAUUUGGGUUGUCUGGGCGCAUUCCGUGUUGGCGCGUUCAGUACUGCACGGCUGUCAGUGAAGGCCUACCCUGACCUCAGGAGCUGUGUCAAUGCCAUCCCAGACCAAUGUGACCCUAUGCCGUGCAAUGAGGAUGGGUACCUGAGCUGCAAAGAUGGCCAAGCAGCUUUCACUUGUAUCUGUAAACCAGGAUGGCAAGGAGACAUGUGUCAGUUUGAUAUAAAUGAAUGUAAAGAUCCCUUAAAUGUAAAUGGAGGCUGCAGCCAGAUAUGUGACAACACUCCCGGAAGUUACCACUGCUCCUGCAGAAGUGGCUUUGCUAUACUUUCCAAUAAAAAAGACUGCAAAGAUCUGGAUGAGUGCUCUCUGAAGCCGAGUAUUUGUGGCACAGCUGUGUGCAAGAACAUUCCAGGAGACUUUGAAUGUGAAUGUCCUGAUGGCUACAGAUAUGAUCCUUCAUCAAAGUCUUGUAAAGAUGUGGAUGAAUGCUCUGAGAACAUGUGUGCUCAACUGUGCGUCAAUUACCCUGGAGGCUACUCGUGUUAUUGUGAUGGGAAGAAAGGAUUCAAACUUGCCCAAGACCAGAAGAGUUGUGAGGGUAUUCCAGUGUGCCUUUCCUUGAACCUCGACAAAAAUUAUGAAUUAUUAUACCUGGCCGAGCAGUUUGCAGGAGUUGUCUUGUAUCUGAAGUUUCGUUUGCCAGAAAUCACCAGAUUUUCAGCUGAAUUUGAUUUUCGGACAUAUGAUUCAGAAGGCAUCAUAUUGUAUGCAGAAUCUCUUGAUCACUCAAAUUGGCUCUUGAUUGCACUUCGUAAUGGGAAGAUUGAAGUCCAGUUUAAGAAUGAGUUGUCAACCCAAAUCACAACUGGAGGCAAUGUUAUUAACAAUGGUAUAUGGAAUAUGGUGUCUGUGGAAGAAUUAGAGGACAGUGUCAGCAUUAAAAUAGCUAAGGAAGCUGUGAUGAAUAUCAAUAAGCUUGGGAGCCUUUUCAAACCCACAGAUGGAUUUCUGGAUACCAAAAUAUACUUCGCAGGAUUACCUCGGAAAGUGGAAAGUGCACUCAUUAAACCGAUUAAUCCUCGUCUGGAUGGGUGUAUACGAGGCUGGAAUUUGAUGAAACAAGGAGCUUUAGGUGCAAAGGAAAUUAUCCAAGGAAAACAAAAUAAGCAUUGCUUCCUCACAGUGGAGAAGGGCUCCUACUACCCUGGUUCUGGAGUUGCUCAGUUCAGCAUAGAUUACAAUAAUGUAACCAAUGCAGAGGGAUGGCAAAUGAAUGUGACCUUGAAUUUUCGUCCAUCCACCGGCACUGGAGUUAUGUUUGCCUUGGUUUCUGGAGACACAGUCCCCUUUGCCUUGUCCUUGGUGGGCUCCAGCUCAGAAAAUUCUCAGGAUAUAAUGGUAUUUGUUGAAAAUUCAGUGGUGGCUCGAAUAGACGCCGUAACUCUGUGCUCUGACCAGCAAUCCCAACUGAAAUGUAAUGUUAACAGAAAUGGCCUGGAACUGUGGACCUCACUUAGGAAAGAUGCCAUCUACUCUAAAGAUCUCCAAGGGCAACUUGCUGUCUUGGACAAAGCAAUGAAAGGAACCGUGGCCACUUACCUAGGUGGCAUUCCAGAUAUUUCCUUCAGUGCCACCCCAGUGAAUGCCUUUUACAGUGGAUGUAUGGAAGUACACAUCAACGAUGUGCAGUUGGAUCUGGAUGAAGCCAUCUCUAAACAUAAUGACAUUAGAGCUCACUCGUGUCCAUCGGUUAGAAAAAUCCAGAAUAACAUCUAAAGUCUGUUUUCCAUGCUUAUAAUUUCCCUUUCCUUGUAAUGAUGCUCACGUCUCUAUCACCAGCCGGCAGGUGUUACCUGUGGUGUGCAAUGCUUGAAACUAUGUGGUACUUUGUCCUUCAGAUUUUUGUUAUAUAAUUCACAUUUUUAAAAAGUCUAGAAAUGAAAUAAUGAAAACAUAUGAUAAUUUCAAUUUCUUUGCUAUAAAUGACACUGCUAUAGUUUGUUAUUUUAAAAGUAAGAGUUCACCAUCAUUGAACUGGUAUUUAAAUAACUAUUUUUCUCAGAAAGCAAGGUGGUUAAACCCAAACAAAAGCUUGUGUGACUAAAUGUUAAUAGCUGCAGAUAGACACUGUGGUUUUGCUGUUGUGCCCCAUCCCACUGCCGUGAAAGCAGCAGGGCUGAUAGCAUUCUGAAUGUGAGGUGAGUGGAAAGUCUCACAGCUUUAUUCCAAAGUACUUUCUUGGAGUGAGGAGCGGCUAGCUCAGGCUUCAUCUUCCUUUUUACCUAGCUUUACACUUGAGCCAACACCUUCCCUGAAUUAGAGAGCAAGGGUAGAUUUUCAUGGGAGCAGCGUUUGAAUGUUGCCUCGGAGGCACUGAUUUCUACAUCAGGUUAAGCUGUAAGGGGUGUGAACAUUGGGUGGACACAUUUCUCCACCGUGGCUGCAUAGGCCCCAUGAGCUCUGAAUCCGAAAGGCUGCCAGUCCUUAGGGGUGGGAAGGAGAGUGAACACAUGGAGCAAUCCGUAGUUUUCCUUCACUCUGGCUUUUAAUUACUGUAGAUGGCUUGGAUGUGAUUGUUGACGUUAAAAUGUGAUGAAAAGUAGAGUAGACUUUUUUUAACAAAUAGGUAAUGAUGAGAGGGAUGCUGGCAAUGGUUAUGUUCUGUCUUUGUAAUGAAAGAAGUACAGAGGUAAGUUUGUCAAGUAUUUGCUGGUAGUGCGUUGCACGUGGCAGGCUGUUUUGUUGUGCCUGAGUCAAUCACUUCAGGUGUGUGUCAGGCAUUUUGUUGCUGUCUGAGGAGUUACAUUUUAUUUUACUGUAGAUAUUUCACAGCACAUGAAAAAUAAUAAAACGAUAUGUAUUUUUAAGGUAUA